AUGCCAAGAGAAACGAAUAUUGUAAAAAUUGUGGGCGAAGAUAGUUAUGCAAAACUACGUUCCACCAAGUGUUUAUUAGUAGGUGCCGGUGGUAUUGGUUCUGAAUUGCUGAAAGACAUGAUUCUUAUGGACUUCGGCGAAAUCCAUAUUGUUGAUCUUGACACAAUUGAUCUUUCUAACUUGAAUAGACAAUUUCUCUUCAGACAGCGUGACAUUAAACAACCCAAAUCUACCACGGCUGUCAAGGCAGUUCAAUUGUUUAACAACUCAAAGUUAGUCCCGUAUCAAGGGAACAUCAUGGAUGCUAAUAGUUUCCCCAUUCAUUGGUUUGGCGAAUUUGAUCUCAUUUUCAAUGCUUUAGACAAUUUGGCUGCUAGGCGUUACGUUAAUAAGAUAUCUCAAUUUCUUCAUGUUCCGUUACUAGAGUCAGGUACCUCAGGAUUUGACGGGUACAUUCAACCAAUUAUCCCAGGAAAGACUGAAUGUUUUGAUUGUACCACAAAGGAGACACCGAAGACCUUUCCUGUGUGUACUAUUAGAUCUACACCAUCACAACCGAUUCAUUGUAUUGUAUGGGCUAAGAAUUUCUUAUUCAAUCAAUUAUUUGCUUCUGAACCCAGUCCUGAAGAUGAAGUUGAUACUAAGGAUUGGGGUACCACUGAUGAAGAGGAAAUUAAAAGGAUUAAACAAGAGACUAAUGAACUACAUGAGUUGCAAAAGAUUAUUGUCGACCAAGAAGAAUCUCGUAUCCCUGAUAUUUUAGAUAAACUUUUCAUUCAGGAUAUUAAUAAGCUAUUAUUGAUUGAAAACCUAUGGAAAACGAGAGAGAAGCCGACACCAUUGACAAAGACGCAAUUGAAGACGAUUGACCUGGCGGAUAAAAAAUUAGAUUUAAAUACCGUAUGGUCCAUUGAAGAUCAAUUAUCUCGAUUUGUUUCCAUUACUGUUAAGUUGAUGAAACGUAUAAGGACAGAAAAAGUAAUUGAAUUUGACAAAGACGACCAAGAUACCUUAGAAUUUGUUGCCACAGCAGCAAACAUCAGAUCUAAUAUAUUCAACAUUCCAUUGAAAUCUGUCUUUGAUAUCAAACAAAUUGCAGGAAAUAUUAUUCCUGCUAUUGCAACCACCAAUGCAAUUAUUGCAGGGUUAUCCUCUUUGGUAUCCCUUCGUGUUUUAAACUUGCUGAAAUAUGCACCAACUGAAUCUCCAUUAGACUUAAAUAUGGCAUUUACUGCAAAAGCUAGCAACCUAUCACAAGAUCGUUACAUUUCCAAUCCGAAUUUGGCUGCACCAAACUGCAAAUGUGCUGUCUGUAUGAAGGUAACCAGAGGAGUUCUUUCCAUUAAUGACAUGAACAUAACGUUGGGUGAAUUGAUAGGUAAACUGCGUGAGAAGUAUGGAUUUCCAGAGGAUAUUUCGUUACUGGAUUCCAGUGAGCAAAGAUUGUUGGUCGAUUACGAUUUUGAAGAUCUACUUGAUCGUUCGUUGAAGGAUGUUAAUUUGAGAAAUGGUUCGGUCAUUCUGUUGACGGAUGAAGAAGGUAAUGAGGAAACUGGCAUGGUUCGUAAACCAUUAGAAUUGUACAUAAAUGUCACAGAUGAUAAUUCUAUAAAGCUAACCUUACCUCCAAUAGAUGUUGAAUGGAUAAAGCAAAUUUCCGAGGAAGACAAAAAGAUGGAGGAUGAAAAGGCAAAACAAGAAGAGGUAAAUGAAGAAAUCAUUGAUGGUGAGAUUGUUAUUCUAGAUGAAGAGGAGGAGGAGAUCCCAAAAGGUAAAAAGAGGAAGUUGGAUGAUGAAAUUACUUCAGAGAAUCAUGAAAUGAAGAAAUCUAAAAUCGAUGAGACCGAUGAUGGUCAAAUCAUACUAGACUAG